CCUUUAUAUGUAUACCAUUACCAUCCUCUUUAAGUCUUAUGUAUAGCGUCAGAGAGUAUACCUAAAUCGGUAGGUGGGAAGAAGAUGAAUGGUACAGGUGGUUGCUGUAUAGCUAGAUACUCCGGCAGUGGUGGUGCUGGUGUUGGUGUUGGUGGUGGUGAGAUUAGCUAUGGUAUAUCGAAGGUAGAGAGGAUAAUGCUCAAGUUCAGGCCGAUCGCGCCGAAGCCGAUGGCCGCUGGAUCUGGUUCUAGUUGCUCCACCAUGGAAAACAGCGAAGGUUAUGGCGGAACUCGACGAUGCAAGCGAAAGUACGUUAGAGGUAAGGGAAAACAAACUAAGAAGGAUGCAAAUACUACAGUUUCGAAGAAAAUGAAGGUUUCGGUACCGUCAUCGUCUUCAGUUUCCGGUGGUGGAGAUGAGGUGGUUACCUUGUCUUUGUUGCCGGAUCGGAAAGAGAAGUUACCGGCAAGGAGUAAUUCAGAGAGUGAAAAUCCAGAUCUGUUAUCACCGAUCACGUUCAACUUAAACAACAAACAAACAGUUUGUUAUGGUCACGUGCAGGGAGCGGCGAGUCACGUGGUUUCUGUUACGGAUCAUGCGGUUGUGAUGAUGUCACCACCACCGCAAGUAAUUUCCGUUGUGACGGUGGAAUGCGUGACGGAGACGUGGGCGAACGGUGGCGGAGUAGGGUUUACAGACGAGCCGGCGGCAAUGAAAAUGGAGAUGGACACGUGUCCGUCGUUCGUUACAAAUAGUCGAGACAUGGUGGUGUGGACGAAUACGGCGUAUAGGGAGAUGACAGUGGGCGGUGGUUCAGACGAAACGGUGGUGGUGAAGAAAUUCAAUCGGGUGAGGAUGCCGGUGACUCUUCCGGCGUUCACGUGCAAGGUGAAGGUCACGUGGGGGACUGAAAGUAGCUCGUCGCCGUCGUCCCUGACGGCGCCGUGCGACGUCUGGAGGUUGCAGAACGGUGGUUAUGCAUGGCGGUUGGACGUUAAAGCUGCGCUGUGUUUAGGACGGUAAAGAUGAAGUGAUGUUACCUUUUAUUAACCCUAGUUUUUAUAAAAGAUGUUUGAAAAGAGAUUUAGUGUAUAAAACAAAUUAAAGGUGGAG